UGUAGUUUCGCGGUGCCACCCGCCUAACUAGUUCAGGGUCCCAUCCUUGCCCACUCACUGCCAGAAAGCAGUCCAAAGGAGGCGGGCUCGGUGACCGCGUCUGGACGCCCCUGCAAGAGAUGUUGUUGCUGUGGGUGUCAACAGUCGCAGCGUCGGCGAUCGCGGCGCCGACCCCGGGAACACAGGAGCAGAAGCUGCAAGUAGCCCAGGCGCCCAACGUAGUGCUCGUCGCCAGCGACUCCUUCGAUGGAAGACUAACAUUUCAACCAGGAAGUGGGGUAGUAAAACUUCCCUUUAUCAACUUCAUGAGAGCACAUGGCACCACCUUCCUGAAUGCCUACACAAACUCUCCCAUCUGCUGUCCAUCUCGAGCAGCAAUGUGGAGUGGCCUCUUCACUCACUUAACAGAAUCUUGGAAUAAUUUUAAGGGUCUCGAUCCAAAUUAUACAACAUGGAUGGAUGUCAUGGAGAAGCAUGGCUAUCAGACUCAAAAAUUUGGAAAACUAGACUAUACUUCAGGACAUCAUUCCAUUAGUAAUCGUGUGGAGGCAUGGACAAGAGAUGUUGCGUUCUUGCUCAGACAAGAAGGCAGGCCUGUGGUUAAUCUCAUCCCUGAUAAGAACAGAAGGCGAGUGAUGGAGAAGGACUGGCAGAGCACAGACAAAGUGACCGACUGGCUAAGACAGGAAGCCAUUAACUACACCAAACCAUUUGUCCUUUACUUGGGAUUGAAUUUACCACACCCUUACCCUUCACCUUCUUCAGGAGAAAACUUUGGUGCUUCUACGUUUCACACUUCUCUGUAUUGGCUUGAUAAGGUAGCUUAUGAUGCUAUCAAAAUCCCAAAGGUGAAAUUAUUUUGACCCUUCGCAAAUUAGAUCUUCUUCAGAAAACUAUUGUUAUAUAUACGUCAGACCAUGGAGAGAUGGCCAUGGAACACCGCCAGUUUUAUAAAAUGAGUAUGUAUGAAGCCAGUGCCCAUGUUCCACUUUUGAUGAUGGGACCAGGAAUUAAGGUCAACGUACAAGUGCCAAAUUUUGUUUCUCUUGUGGAUAUUUACCCUACAAUGCUUGAUAUUGCUGGCAUUGCUCUGCCUCAGACUCUCAGUGGAUACUCUUUGUUGAUGCUGUCAUCAGAGGCACCUGCAGAUGAACAGAUGCGCAAAACCCAACGUCAACCUUGGGUUCUAAGUGAAUUCCAUGGAUGCAAUGCAAAUGCCUCCACCUACAUGCUACGAACUGGUCAAUGGAAGUAUAUCGCCUACUCUGAUGGUGCUUCUGUGCACCCUCAGCUUUUUGAUCUUUCCUCAGAUCCAGAUGAGCUAACAAAUAUUGCUAUAAAAUUUCCAGAAAUCACAUAUUCUUUGGACCAGAAGCUUCGUUCUAUCAUAAAUUACCCUAAAGUGUCUGCUUCUGUUCAUCAGUACAAUAGAAAGCAGUUUAUCAUGUGGAAACAAAGCAUAGGACAAAAUUAUUCAACUGUUAUAGCACACCUGAGGUGGCAUCAAGAUUGGCAAAAAGAACCAUGGAAGUAUGAAAAUGCAAUCCACCAAUGGCUCAAAGCCCACCCUUCUCCAGUAGCUGUAGACAAUAAUAGAACUUUUUCAAGAUAUGUAUGAAUAUGCUGAUAAGUAUUAAACCAAAACAGCCUUAGUAGUUGCUAAUUUUACUUACUUUUAAAGUAUGUACUUUAUCUUACCUUAUCUUACAGAACUACAUAUUUUCAAAACUGGUUACUACUAUGAGCUUAUUGUUGCAGAGCUCUGACAGUUUUUAUAGCAGAAGUAUUUAAAGGAGAGGAGCAUAUAUUUUUCUUGGAUAAUAUAGAAUGUGAGCAAUUUUAACAACUGUUGGCUGUUACUUAUGAAUCAUGAUGUCUCAUGACUUGGUUUUGAUGAAACUCUUCAGAAGGCAACUACAACCACCAUGUUUGUAUCCUUUUGUAGACAAUAAAAUUAAUAUAUUCUUUGUACACAACAAGCAGGCAUACACACAACUGAUAAUAUGCUAUAUAGUUAGUGAUUCUUCUUGCACAUUGUUGUUCUGGCUUAUUUAUUUUUUUAUUUCCAAUUAAAAUAGAUGUUGAGAAGUGAAAUUGCAGAGUCAAGAUCUAUAAAAUUUGUGUAUAUUUUCACAAGUUGUUUCUAAAGAAGUUGUAGUAGUUGUCGUUCUCACCAGAAUGCAUUCCUGUACAUCCAAGCCCAAUUGGUAGCAAAUAUUUCAUUUGCUUUAUUGUGAGUACUGACAUUGUUCCAUAGAUCCAGUAGCCAUUAGUUUUUGCACCAGGAUGACCUUCUCUAUGUCUGUUGUUGGUCAUUUUCUUUAUUCAUUGUUAGCUUGUUUUUCCGUUAAACGCAUGCAUUAGCCUUUUAAAGAAUAAAAGAGAAAAAGGGGCUGGAGAGGUGGCUCAGGGAUUAAGAGUACUUACUGUCAACCAGAGGACUCAGAUUCAAUUAUUGGCAUCCACAUAGUAGCUCACAACUGUCUGUAACUCCA